UCUUGAGUGCACAUAAAGCAAACUAGCAGGAGGCCAUGGCCAAUUGGCCAUCAUAUAUAAAUAGCCUCCUGCAUGAACGUGAGGUGUAAGGCAAAACAAAUUGCAUCAGCUUCUAGCUAGCUAUAUAUUGUAGUCCAACGAACAGCUAGCUACUAUUGUUGGCUUGGCUUGAUUUUUAUCAAGAGUAUCAACCGAGCAGUGAUAGGAUGGGCCGUUAUGCUUGGGGUGAUUGCAAGCCUACGGCAACAAUGCUGGCUGUUGUUGUUGUCUUUGCCGUGCUUAACACACUGACAAAGAUGGCUUUCAACCAAGGGAUGCGCAUCACUGUACUCAUCACACUUCGCCAGUUCACUGCCUUCCUCUUCCUCGCCCCCAUCGCCUACUUCCGAGAAAGGAAGACAAGGCCUAAGCUGACACUAGAGAUCUUUGUGUAUCUCUUCUUCAGUGCAGUGCUUGGCGCCUCACUUACCCAAUGGCUAUUCUUCGUGGGCCUACGGUACACUACAGCAACAUUUGCAUGUGCCUUCAUCAACAUGACUCCAAUGUUCACUUUCGUUGUGGCACUUCCUUUUGGGAUGGAGAAACUUGAUCUGAAGACUGGAGCCGGCUUAGCAAAGGUGUUUGGCACGACAGUAGGGUUCACAGGGGCAAUCAUCCUGGCACUCUACCAAGGCCCAUCACUGACCAAAUCCUCAUCUGCACCCCAACCAAUGGGUGCCGGCGGCCAUGGUGCACAUAGAUGGGUGACUGGGUCUGUGGCCCUACUUGCUGGCGCAGCAUGUUGGUCCUUUUGGUUCAUCCUCCAGUCAAGGCUGGGGAAGAAGUACCCAGCACUGUACUCUGGAAAUGCCUUGAUGUUCCUGCUCAGCUUCCUUCAGAUCGCUGCCGUGGGGAUGGCUACAGAGAGGGACCUGUCAGUCUGGAUCCUCAGAACCAAGCUUCAGAUCAUCACAGUGCUCUUUGUGGGGAUAAUGGGGUCUGGAAUUGGUUUUCUGGCCAUGUCUUGGUGCAUCGAGCAAAGAGGGCCAGUCUUCACGACUGCAUUCACACCUCUGAUACAACUUAUAGCAGGUGCUAUCAACAUCGUCGCUCUCCAUGAGCAGCUCCAUCUUGGAAGCGCGCUGGGCUCUGCUCUUGUAAUUGUUGGGUUAUACUUGGUCCUCUGGGCAAAAACCAAAGAGGCAUCAGAUGCUGCUCCAUCCGGCAACGUACUGAUGGCGGAAGAAAAAUUCAAGCAAGCAACACAGCAAAUACAAGAUGUAUGAUGUGAUAUGAUAUCGACAUGGUAUGAUAUAAGCGCAUAGCAGAAAUAAAAAAAGGAUAGGAACGGAGGUAUUGAAGUCUCCACGUGUGGAUCCAAGAUCUAGGUAAAAAGAUAAGCUAGGAUAUUAAUUGAUGAUUUUUAGGUGCACCUCCGGCUCUUUUUAAUCUAAAGUUUUGUAUUAUUUUUUCAAAAUAAGAUUUUAUUUUGAAAAAAUAGUACAAAAUUUUGAACUAAAAAGAGUUGGAGAUGCACGUAAAGAUUACCAAUUAACACUUCUCUAGGAUAAACUAGGGGUUGUACUAUUUUAUUUUAUUUUCUCCGUGCCUUCGGAAACAAGGGAAUUCAAUUUCUGUUCUCGAGAAGAGAGAGACAAGUCAAGGUUUUUUUUUAUAUGUUGCAAACCGGUCUAUAGCAAGUCUCCCCUGUAAGUAAUAAAGAAUGACUUCCAAUAUAAA